AUGCAUUUACGCUUUAUUUUUCUAAUGUUCCACUAUACCCCUUUAAUCAAAUCAAAGAAAGUUGAUGUUCAAAAAUCGAAUUUCUGCAAAAAUUUACGUUGUGAUGACUUAUCCAAAGUUAACGUUUGUGGUAUUAGAGAAGAAGCAGAUGGUUUUCGACUGAAAUUAUUUGAAAACGAAUGCCAAUUAUUAAGAUAUGGCUGUAAUGUAGAAGAUGAUAAAGCUUAUGGUAUAAUUAAUUUAGAGUACUGCGACAAAGCUUUUUCAAACGAUAAAUAUGAAAAGCAACAAAUUAAUAACGAACGUAUCAGAAGUUUGUAUAAGGAAGUAAUUGAAGUAAACGAAACUAAACAUUGCAUGAACAUUAAUUGUAAAUUAACAAAUGAAACACAUAAUAUCUGUGGUCUAAAACAAGAUGGAGCUGGAUAUAAAGUAAGACUGUUUAAUAAUAAAUGCGAGUUUAUAAAACACAACUGCGAUGAAAAUAAAAAAUUUGUUGAAACUGAUUUAUAUAUUUGUGAAUCGGUUUUUACAAAUGCAUCUAUUAACGAUAAAACAAACGACAUAGAACCUAAAGACAUUGUUUUUAAUACAAAUAAGAACCUUGUCAUUGUAAAACCUAAUAUUCUAGAUUACAAAAACGAUAUUAAUGAUACAAUUGAAACAUUUUUCGCGACGACGCACGUUUUAGAUUUACCAAUGAGAGAACUUGAUCCAAACUUGGUGAAUGAAAUAACGCGAAGAAGAUUGAUAAACUUCGCAGGACCAGUUAAGGUUUAUGAACCUCGAAUAACUAUCCCGACUAACGUCAGUGAGGAUCACAUGCACUAUCCAACUUUGUCAUCUUGCUACCAUAAAUGUCCUACAAAAUGUCCAGAUAUUUACGCGCCAGUAUGUGGAAGUAUGGGUGACAAUGCUCGAGAACCGUCUAUUAUGUUUCGAAACCACUGCUUUAUGGAUGUAGCGCAAUGUAAAUAUAGCUGGCAAGAUGAAGAUAUAAUCCGUACAUACGGGUACGCAGAAGUGAAUUUCGUGUUUUGUUUGGGCGAUCAAUUACAAAAUCUAUAUCGAUUUUUGCCAUUUGUGAAGACACUGCAGCGCAUGGGUCGCCUCAAAAAGAAAGGCAGAUUCAGAUAUAGGCUAAAAAACUUGAGAUUCUUUAACAAUAAGCUUAUGGGAUAA